AUGGCUGGACCUGAAGAAAGGGGUGACAGAGGUGCUGGUGGCAGUGGAGGACCCCAAGCACAAGGUCAACCUCGUGAUUCAGCCAUGGCGUCCGUGCAACCGACUCUUGGACCUUCUAGGGAUGAACCAAGAGUGUUCGGGCUUGACAAGUUCAAUGGUGACAACUUUGCUGAAUGGUCCUUCAGAAUGGAGAACGUGUUUGACCACUAUGACCUGCUGGAGGUGAUGGAAGGAACGGAGAAGCGUCCCGAGAACGACCCGGAGAAGAGCCCGUGGGUGCGGAAGAGCGCACAAGGCUAUCUCCUACUUGGGCAAGCGUUGGGGAGCAGUCAAAUCCGUCACAUCAAGCCUUUCCAGCGUGAACCAGAGAAGGGACCAAAGGCAUGGGUUGCUCUCAAGGGUGUGGUAGCUGUGGUGUUGGAACGGCAAAUGGCGACGCUACGAAUUGAGGAAGAUGAACACGUGGAAGAAGGGGUACAUAAAUUCUUCGACUUGUUGACGCGGCUAGAGGGAGCUGAUUUGAACUACAGUGAGCUCCAAAAGAAGACCAAGUUGCUGGCCUUACUCCCCGAGUCGUGGUCCUCGCUCAUCAUCAAUUUGAACCGUGAUCUGCCCCGUCUCUCGCUUGAAGACGUGAAGCGCGCAAUCCUACAAGAGGACUUCCGCCGCCGUGAGUUGGCGAGUGCGGAUGGCGCUGGGGCAGCGAGCGUCGGCCGUAGAUAUUGCCGAGGAAGAGGCAGAGGACGAGGGGGAGGAAGGUUUGGUGGCAGCAACUUCGGUGGAGGCCGCGGAAGUGGCGGAUACGGCAGCGACGACAAGAGCUACGGUCGUGGACGCUGA